GUACAGACUUGUGUGUGUACACAUGGGCCGUCUCCUGUAUAAGCAAUAAUAUGAAGAUGAGCUACUUGGCCUGGUGGUCUACCCUCAGAAUAUCUUUUCUUCAUCUCGUCUUGGACAAGCCGCACCGCUCUGCGACUAGUUUCCUUCCUGGGGCUUGGGAUGGGAAGUGACAAUCACGAGCUAGUCAGUCAAGAGGCUCACGCUAAAUCAGAUUCAAGGGUGGGAUAGGACUCUAUGCGAUAGCCAGUCUGAAUAUACGCAUGCACUGUGAAUUGUCCAACCUUCGCUAGCUGGCCUGUUCAGCAGUGGCACUGCUGCGAAUACACUUCGCAAGUGAAACCUACGGUAACCAACUGGUUGGAAUUUACUGAGGAGAGAGAAGAUUUGUACUCACUCCCUGAUACACUCUUGUACACAUAUCAUAUCACUAUCGUUCAUACGCCUUGUUUGAAUCUCUGGUUGAAAUGUUUUCUUCUUGGUGUGUGAUUUUGCUUGUGACCUACAUUUGAGGGUAGUGAACGUGCAUGGAAUAUAGAUGAACCUGCAUCAAUAUUGGAUAGGUAGAUAUUAGAAUAAUAUCAAACUAUGGAGAUGACUUUUGCUUGGAUGAUACAAACACAAUGCUGAUUGUUGACAGAACUGUAGAACAGCAAUAAUCAGCAAAAUACAGCGAAAGUGGUGUUACCGGACAAGUAGAAUGGCUCAACCACCCCGGCGUGUUAAAUCAGCGACUGAGUCUAGAAGAAGAAAUAUGGAAUCUUCUACAAAUGGGAAUUCUAUCAAUGGCACAGCCUCUGGGAGGGCUGCUACAUCUCCUUAUAGCCAGUCAAUAUCUAGUGUUUCUAAAGGUGGACAUGGAAGUAGUGAGAUUACGAGACGGGUGUCUCAAAAGGACAAACCAGCAAUUCCUGCAAAACCACCACUAAGUAAAGUACCACCCCCAAAACAUAAUGGCAAAAGUAAUGGAACUUCACCUACUGCAACAACAUUGAACAGCAAAACUCAAACUAGUGCAGCAAGUAGCGAAAAGCGGGAAGGAGAAAACAGGGUAAAUGGUGGUAGCCAAGUUAGAAAGACUAGUGAUGUAAAUGGAGAGGCAAGACCCUCAAGUGGUAAAAGUAGAUACUGUCUUGAGAUUACCUUAGAGAAGAAGGUGUCCACACCAACAGUUAGAAGAAAGCAGGCAGAAAGAGAGGCUGCCAACUCUAUAGCUUCAAGCUCUGAAGAGAGCUCACCUUCACAAUCACCUUCCAAGUCAGUGCACUUUAAGAGUUCGCGAAGCAAUAGUGCAAGUAGUACAGACUCUAGGGAUAGAUUGAGGUUUGGAGGCAUCCCAGGGAGCUUACCCCGCUAUCAGUGCCAUACCAUCAGUAGUGCAGACAAGAUCCAAAGGACCAAGUCUGCUUCAGGUAAAGCUGGGACAGGAAUGGAGGCUCAUAGUGAAACACAACUCAAUGGAUCUUCCAAUGGCACUUCUGUGGUGGAGCCCAUCCGAAGAGGGCGGGCAAGAAGCGUGGGACCGAUACGCAGGGUACGUUCCAAUGAGAUGAUGCCCCCUAAAAGAGAUCUUAGUCCAUCUCCAAAGUCUGGAAAAAUCUCUCAGGUUCGCAGUAAAAGUGUAGAGCGAUCUAAAAAUCGACAGAGCUUUGGUGGCUUCGUGCAGAGACAGAGGCAGGCUUGGGAAGAGCGAGUGACAACAGUGACCAAAAGAGCACCGCUGAGUAAUUUGGCUGAAAAGAAUGUAAAUAGAAGAAGCUUAGAUCCAAACCAUGCUCCAAAGAUCAUGCAAAAGUCAAGCUCAGUUACUCAGCGUAAGAACAUGCUCUUUAGUAAAGGAGCAAAUAUACAGAAAGUAAAGUCAACCAUAGAUGGGAACCAAGUGAAUAAACCAACUUCCCCAACGUCAAUCCAAAACAAGUCAGAUGCUAGCCAACAAGUGCCUAAAACGAAGUCUUCUAGCAAUGACUCUGACUUCCACACCUCCACCAAGGCUGAAAUGAAUGGACAAGUUGGAAGCAAAGCAUAUGCUCAGGGUGAUAAUGUAGCUAGCUCUGAUCAAAAGAGAACUUCCAUUGUGGAUAACCCACCUGAUAAACCAUCCGUCUUGCAGGAGAUUGCUCCUGCACCAAGCAGUAAACCUAAUGCUCCAAACAGUCUACCAGUCAAACCUGUUUAUCAAAACGCAGAUCUUAGCCACAGGGUAUCAACAGCAAAAGAAAAUAACAUAGGAAUGCUUGUGACUGAUUUGGAUGCACUGGAUGUUAAUGGUACAGAUGAAAUAGACAAUGGAAAAAGUCACUUGUUUAUUGAUGAGGAAACCUUGGGAAUAAAACCAGAGUGUCUCAGACUCAAACCACAAACAAGCGAUACCCAAGGAGAGUAUAGUGAAAUCCUAGGACUCGCGGAUCCCAAGGAAAUCAACAAACUUAACAGUGAGACUCUCCAUAAUCUGAAAAAAGUGGAUAACACAUUUCUUGAGGUUGAGAAAAAGAAAGACACUGUAGUGGACAAAGCAAAAGAGCAAGAAAAGGCAGGAAUCUGCAAUGGAGAAGAUGUGGGUGAAAAAGAUGGACAUUAUUUCUUGAAGGUUGUCAAUGAAGAACAGUCUAGGAUUGAAUCACUCUGUCGAAAGGUGGAACAUGAUCUGGAAAGUGACAUGUCUGAUGAAGCGGGUGGAAUAUGUCGAGCAUUCCUUGGUAAAGCCAAUCUCUUAACCAGCAAGAAGUUCAAGCAAUUCAGAGGGCUUUGUGAACAGAACAUUACACCGUCUGAGGAGGCUGUGAAGAGCACAUUGGCAUCUGACCUGGCAGGCUUCUGGGACAUGGUGAUGAUACAGGUAGAUGACAUCAACUCCAAGUUCAUUGACAUCGAGACUCUCAAAGACAACAACUGGAAAGUGACCGCUCCGGAAGUGACAAAGCCAACUCCUCGAAAGACCCCAGCUAAGCGAGGCUACGGUCGUCAGGUGAGCCGGGACAAGGAUGACAAGGCCGUACAAGGUGCGAAAGACUCUAAUAAGAAGGAUGAAAAGGAGAGCCGGGCAGCCAAGUUGAGGGCAGCAAGGGAGGAGGCUCGGAAACGACUGAUUGCAGCCAAGAAGCAGGCAGCAAGGCAGAGGAUUCGAUCCAACAGCAGCGAGACUGAGGUAGAGAUCUUCACAGCUAGUGGGCAACAACAGUCAUGAAAUGAUAGGAUGGAGAGCAGGAUUUAGACCAAGAUCUCAUUUCACUCAUCCAAGAUCAGACUUCCAUCCAUACUGUUUAUAUAAUAAGCCAUUUUGUAGGAAUUUCAAUUCAUGGAGCACACGUUGAAGAGAAAGCAUUCUUAGGAUUCUAUAAGUAUUAACCUACAGUAAAACAUGUCCAAUCAGAAUCUAAUGUAUGUACAUAAAAGUGUGUGGUGGUGAUGACCCUUGUUCUUGAUACCAUGAUCAUCCAAUGCCAGAAACUUGCCAUUUCCACGAGAAUCAAUUAGAAACUGUUUUUUCCAUGAAGGAAUUUUAAAAAAGAUUCCUCUGAGAUAAUUGCAACAGAGGUAGGCUUGAUUAAGUAGUCAAAACCCUUUGAAAAUUACCAAAAAGCAUAGGAAGAUCAUUUGAUUAUAUAAUUGAUAAUGAGCAAAAAAAAGGAGGUUUGCAUUGGUUGAUUACUUACAAACAAUGAAGUAACUCCUUAUAUAAUAGAAAAACACAACAGAAUUAGGGAAUCUUCCACCACAGUACUGGUAUGUGUAUUAUGCAGUGAAGAAAAUGUAGUAUUGGUCACAUUGACUGAAAUAGAAGAUACCUUACUUCCAUGAUGUCAUUUCAAAAGUGUGGAAGGAAACAUGUCCUGUCUAUUGUUGAGCUCAUUUUCAAGAUUCGGGAAGAAGAACAGACGUACCAUUCCUUUAUUAAGUACUGGAGAGGAUUCCUAGAAAACGGUUUAUUUCCGCUUUUUGUAUCAAAAGGUCUCCAUGUCAUUGUGGUCUGACAUUUCAUUAAAAUCAAUCAAAUGGUGGAAGUGAUGACAAGAAUUAAAAAGAAAAUCUUCAGAUUUUCAUUCCACAGAAUACAUGUACAUAAGUUCUAUAUCAACUUCAUGAAACCUUUUACCAAUUCAGUAGAAGUGUGUAUGAAAUGAUAAACGUACAUAUAUUUGGACAUGAAAGAUUAUAUUCUCGUUUAUACCUUUAUCAACAUGAAGUCCAAGGGAUGAUGAUGUUUUAUUAGACUUUUUUUUUAAGAAUUCAAUUUUGCACAGCUUGAGCAGUCAAUGUUAAAUGCUCCUUUCUGAAUCGUCCCUAUGUAAAUUACUAAUGUUCCUUCCAUUCUUUUCUACAUUUUAGAUAUUUUUUUUACUGGUUUUAUCCUUGGUAUUUAUUUGUAUAAUUGAAAAAAAAAAUUGAUAGAGUAAGAGGGCAGUGGUCAAAGUGGAUGAAUGUCUUCUGAAUACAAAUAUUCUUAAGUAUGAGAAAGUGAUGUAGGAAUAUACUUUGACAUAUCCAACUCUUUUCAGAAAUUAAUGUAGUAUUUAACCGAAAAUGACUCCCAAAUAGUGAUAUUUUUGUGUGAACAUUGACCACCCAAAAUAAGACAGUUGUCCUUUCAAACAUACGAUGUUGUUUGGAAGGAAUGGUGUAGGCCUAUAUUUACAUCUAACAUGUUUGAAAUAGGAAAUUACUGUAUUGGUCACCAAUCCUUAAAACAAGAAUGGUUAACAACAACAAUUCAAAACAUCCGAUCUAAAGGAACCACUCUUUAUUUGACUUCCUGUCGGCUAUCAAAAACCUUGUAGUUGAUAAGUGAGAUGUGAACAUAAGCCUUACUCUGAAGACUCUAAUCUAUGAAUUGUUAAUUAUAUCUCCAACCUCUCUCACUUUAGUUGAGAAAAAAAUACAUUUUACACAGUGAUUAGCAGAUAUAUGACAUGUAGGAUUAAAGAAACAUUCCUCCCAUUGUUUGAGAGCUACAUUGCAUUCAGUGUCUGUAAAUGAAUCAAGACAGUAUUGUAUUAAUAUGUCCAUCUGAGCUAGUUCAAUAUCUUUAUCCAGUGCUUGCUUCAAAUGUGAGAGAUUUGUUUACCCGUUGUGGCAUAAUGCAUGUAAAGUGCAUGGCCUUUACUGUGCCUUACUUAGAUAGUAGAACAUGCAAUGCUGCUAAUGUGUGCCAACUAAACAUAAAGCAUACCAGAUUAGUGCAGACAUGAUGAAAAACUAAUGUUUUCAUAAACAUGGAGAUGUGAAGCUUUUUGCUUAUUUUGGCAGAGGGUGUUUAAGUAUUACCCAUGCAAAUGCAUGAAUCAUUCAACUUUAUCAAAACUUACAAGGCUUUGCUUUGCUUUUCAAAUUAAAGCACUGUUAUUCACAUGUUUUACAAGUAUGAGGGAGAUAUCAAAGAGGGCAAACUUUGCUCAAACUUUUUUAUGCUAUUCUCCUACACUGUACUGGGUAUGAAUGAUUUCUUUGGAUAUAACCAGUAAAGAUAUGUGCUCUCAGUAUGUUGCAGUGUUUUUUCAUAAAAAAGGGGUUGCUACUAUUUUCAGUAAGCAGAGCUUGUGUAUCUUUAUUAAUAUAUGACUAAAUUCAAAUUAACAGUAAUAGUAUGUUGUGCUGUCAUCUAUUACCUCACACUCUUCAAAAAUCCAUUAAUUUAGUGACCAUUCUUUAUUGUGCUAUUCUUUGAUUUAAUGCAUUUUCAACCAUGGGCAACUCUUAAGGGUGACAUUUUUGUGAAGUGGUUACCUUGACAACUGACCAACAUGCCAGCAUUCCUAAGUUAAAUAUUUUUAAGUAGGUCAAAAGGCAUAUUGACCUUGAUCUUUUGCAUUGAAUAUCAACAUAUAUAUAGUUGCAUUUUUUUGGAAUAUGAUCAUUUAACUUGGCUUUUUGAAUAUGACAUUUGUCUGGAGACUUGGUGUUGACAUAAGCCUUAGAAAUAAGAGUCAGAAGGUUACAGGGCAUUUAGAAAAGUUGUUAUUUUUAUAGGAAAAUGGGACUCGAAUAGUAUUAGCAAUCGCAAGAGAAUUACCUUGCUGUAGUGCUGCUUUUGGAUAAGAAAAUCUAUUAUUGCAAGAGCAAUAGCAGCAGUAUUAAAUUAGUGCUUUUCAAAGACAGAUAAUUUCAUACUUCAUGAUAAAUCUGCCACUUGGCUUCAAGAUAAUAUGUUUAGCCUCCUACUAUGUAUCAUACAAAGAAAACAAGACAUUUGUAACAUAACACAGGAUUAAAAUAAACAGCUGUUGAUAAUUUUUUCUCUUCCUCUAAUAGGGUCGAUGGUCUGGUGAAGGUUUUUGUGGGGUAGACAAUGAUUUUGUUGGACAGUAUAUUGUUUAAUCAUUCAUUACCAAAUUUAAUCAUACAUAAUAAAUCUGUGUUUUUAAAAACUUUGUAUAAUCAAUGAAAGGGGUAAAUUAGGAUUAGUGUCUUGCCAUCUAGAUUAUGCAGUUCCAAUGAGAAAUAACCAGUAUUGACAGAACUUUGCUUUUCAAGGACAUGAGACAUAUGCUUGUAUUAAUGGCAGGCGAUGUACGUUCACAUUUUGUCAGCUUUCUGUGCAAAGGAGGCCUGAAAAGGGUUGACUGUUGAAUCUAAAUGAGAGGCUUGUAACAAUUGGCCUUUUACCUGAUUAGGAUUAGGAUUUAUGUGGGCUUAUCAGAGGGGCACAAAUGUUGCACCAUUAAUAUAUGAUAUAGCAAAAUAUGAACUUCCCAACAAAAGCAUUGUCAAAUGGAAUAUAUAAUUUGUUGGGUGAGAAAGACAAGAAAUAAGAUAUUCUCCAACGAUACCACAAGGGUAACACACACUGCUGCUGUGUAAAGUAUAGUUGGCUGCUGUAAAAAGAAAAAAAAUCACAGGUAGACUGGGCAGGAAUGAACCCACAACCUCUGGAUUACUAGACCAGCGUCAUAACCUCUAGACCACCGGGUGCCCUAAGUGAUGCAGGUUCAAACUAUCCCGUAGAUUGGAUAUGAAAUCAAAUGGAAUAAUCUAUUUGCUUGGUGAUAAAUACAAGAAAUAAUACAUUCAUUUUGUCCUUAACGAUACUGCAAUCAUUGACCUUGUGGUAUAUUUCAUAAAUGUGCCCCUACUGUCCAUCUCACCCUUUAAG